AUCUCAACUCAUCACGACCUGUAACGACAACAUGAAGAUCUUUUCAAUUUCAGUGGUUCUGGCGCCUCCUUCCAAUUCAUGUGUUGUUCUAAGUACCGCUAGCGAUCUCUCCUCCUUCUCGUUUUACCAGAGGGGUUCCGUUGGAGAGUUUAUGACCUUCCUGUCAAAGACUGUGGCGGAAAGAACUCCCCAAGGUCAGCGUCAGAGCGUGCAAGAGAACAACUAUACUGCUCAUGUCUACAACCGAGGAGGGGCAGAACAAUUAGCUGCUGUUCUCAUUGCAGACCAAGAGUACCCUGUCCGCCCAGCCUUUUCACUUCUAACCAAGAUCCUCGAUGACUUUACCGUCAAAGUGCCGCAAUCAUCUUUCGAUAACCCCGCAUCCAUUUCAUUUCCCGAAAUCACCACCUACCUCCAGAAGUACCAAGAUCCUCGUCAAGCAGACACUAUAAUGAGAGUGCAGCAAGAAUUGGACGAGACUAAAAUUGUUUUGCAUAAAACAAUUGAAUCUGUCCUUCAACGCGGGGAGAAGCUCGACAAUCUCGUGGAGCGGUCUAAUGCUCUUUCGGUUCAAAGUAAAAUGUUUUACAAGACCGCCAAGAAGCAAAAUUCGUGUUGCAUUAUCAUGUAACGCCGUACGUAUUCACAGCCUCAACCGCCACAAUGGCAUUGCGCGCACACGCCCACUGCUGCCCAUAACUCGCAGAUAAACGUUGUUCUUUAUUCACAUCGUGUCAUACCCUCUUCAUGGACAUAUUUUAACUUUGGGCGGUGUUUGUAAGCGCUGAGAGCGGUUUGGUAUCAUGAGGCAAUAGAUUGGAGAUACUCCGGUGACUGACUGUUAUCAAAGUUCUCCGUGUGUCAUUUCCGUGUCAACGCUCGUACGCUUUUAGUAUGGCUGUUUUUGAACAACCGGCGUCAGGCCAUCCCCGA